AUGUCGAGCGGAGAAGUUAGGAAGGUUCAGAAUCUUAUUGAACAAUGCCUUCGACUACACAUGAACCAGAAAGAAGUAGUGGACACUUUGUCUCUCCAAGCAAAGAUAGAGCCUAGUUUCACUGAACUUGUCUGGCAAAAGCUUGAGGAGGAGAAUCAAGAGUUAUUCCAAGCAUAUCAUCUUAGACUGAUCCUGAAAAACCAAAUAAUGCUGUUCAAUAACCUUCUUGAGAAACAGGUUGAGCUUAUGCGGAAAGAGUUCAAUGCAGGUUUGCUCAUGACCCAAGACACCUCCGUCCUCAAUUGCGUCACCCUAGGUACCGAACUGAGUUAUGUCGCCAGAUCUCAUCCACUGGCACCUGUCCUUAUGGCAAUCGAUGCCAUUACAUUCACUAUUUUAGUGAGGCAUCAGCUAGCGGGGCAUCGACAAAUGGAAUUAAGUAGAAGGACAUUAUUGUAG